AUGAAUAAAACUAAAGAAACAGCGGAAAAAAGCCCAAGACAAAAAUCUCCAUGUAGAUUAUGUUAUCAUAGACCCUGGGAAUACUAUUGCACCGACGAAUUAAUUAAUAUAAACUAUAGACAACUAAUGGAAAAUGACGUGGAUUUUGAACAAAAUACGACAUCGAGUUUUUUUCACGAACCAGAGUACAGUUUUGCCAAAAUGUAUUGCACAAUUUUUAAAUUUUCAUGUUUUAGAGUUAACAGAGAGAUCCCAGAUGUAGAGGAUGAAUUUUGGGAUGAAUUAUUUGAUCUGGAUACUUUAUGCCUGGAUGACCCCGUUAUGGAAGAUGUUGAUGAAGUGAUAACAAUCAUGGAAGAAGAGAAGUUGGCUUCAGAACAAGAAAAUAUCGAAGAUAUUGAUGCCAAUACGUUAUUCGACGUACCUUGCGAAGAUGAAUGGACAAAUUUAGAAGAGCUUAUAAGAAUUGCUGUUUCGGGAAAUAGCGAUGACGAGGAAAUACCAAUGGUACAACCAAUGGCUCAACAAAUGAUACCACCAAUGGCACAACCAAUAUUACAACCAAUAAUAGAAACAAUGGCACAACCAGUGAUACAACCAAUGGUACAACCAAUGGCACAAGCAAUGAUACAACAAAUGGCACAAUCAAUGGUACAAAAAAUGGCACAACCAAUGGUACAACAAAAGAAAGAACAAAUACCACAACCAAUGGAACAACCAAAGAAUGUAGUAAAACCUGGGCCAUCUAGUCGUGGAAGACCAAUUUUAGGACGUUGGGGAAAAAUGUAA